AAGAUUGCAUGCGUAGGGAACCAACCAACAAGACGAUGGCGCGCAAUAAUGCUUGAAGGAUAUUAGAUCGGCAGAAUCACAUUUGUUAACCUGUUUUCUCAACAAUAGCCACUUGUUUGGAUCUCCUUCUUCGUACUCCUGUGCUUUCAUCAGCUUGAAUCCGAAAAGAAGAUUGAACCUGCUUGUUGUCAUUGCGCUUGACGGAUAAGGGAGCUGUAAACGCUGUACAGAUUUAUGUUACUGCUGUCCUGCCAGUGAGUUCCAGUACAUUUGCGAUGUCAUUUCACACUGCGGGUACUGCUGUCCCGCUACAAGACGAAUACCUUCGCCCUACACCUCGGCCGACAAACGGGCCUGGAUUUUCGUCAGACAGAGAUGCAUGGGUACAUUUCCAAGAUCUGGUGAAUGAAGCUGUGGGGCGGAAUACCUCGUUUGCCGUGAUUGAUCUGUCUGCCGGAAGCUCUCUUGCAUAUGUUUCGCCUUCGAUGCUUGAAUUGUUCGAAUAUGAUAACGACCAGAUACUCGGGUUGGAUUGGAGUGUUCUCACAGACUCAGACGAGGAUGAGGUGGAUCGGGUUGAUUCUCUACAAAUAGCACUCAACAGCCAAACUCCAUCGUACAGCUCCCGCUGCAUGAUGUGCCGCACGGGAAGAGGAAACAGUUUCUGGGGGUUAUUUUGCGUACGCUCUGGCCUGGCUCAGAACAUUCCCUUUGCUUGCUUAACUUGUCUGGAUGUGUCGAACCUGGUAGAGAGUGACUCGUUGAGCUUCAAUUCCUCUACUACGUCGAGCAGUGUCGAGCUGUCACAGAUUGAAACAAACAAGAGCAUCCUCGAAGGCUUGCUUGCGCUCAUCAUGGGAGAGCAGGACGUGGUGUCUGCCGACACGUUCCCUUCACCGGGGCCUCUGGACCACGUUACGACACCCAACGAUCACUUUUUUGGUCCCAUCGGCUCACCGACUGACACCAUGGACUGUCCUUGCGGACCUGGGGCCUCUAACGUGGAGGAUGUGGAGAGUGGAGGGUUUGAUCUGCUGUGCAUGAGCGCUUGUUUGGAUCGUUUGCAGGAGGAAGAUUACACUGAUUGCUUUGAGCUAUCUCAUCUCAGAGGCUGUACUAUCAGCUGCUCUGUUGAUUAA